UGAAAAUCGGGUACAUCAGCUGUUUAAAGUGUAUAAACGGUGUGAUUGGAUACUUUUUAUUUAUGAGUAUUAUAUGUAAAGCACCGGUACAUACAUAUAUUACAGCUUGUGACAGUUUAAAAUGGGAGAGAUAUGGAGAAUGGGUUCGCAUAUGGAAAGUGUGAUAAAUGCUUACAAGACUUUGUCAAAAAUACCAUCAAUAGUGGGUGGGAAAUUGAACAGUCAGGGUAACAUAGUGUCUUCUAGAUGGUCCAUACGUAAUUUAGAUAGAGGAAAGAAUACACAAUACAUGAUAGACUAUUUAUUGGACACUAAAUUGAAAGUUUUAAAUGAGAGUGAAUUUGCUGUUGACGUUAGUCAUGAGUUACUCACUGCAGUCUCUCCAAAAGAGAAGUAUAGAGCUGUGAUUCGAGAAGAAAAAGAUGACAAGGAUAAUUCAAAGAGGAAACUUUACCUUGAAGUCUGGUCUAAGACAACGCUCAAAAAUUCAGUUGAUCUUACUUCUUUGGAUAUUCACGGAGAUGUUUAUGCAGAUUCGGAGUUUGGUUCUCUGGAUUGGUCGUCCGAUGAAAAGCAUAUUUGUUAUGUAGCCGAGAAGAAGGUUAAGAAAUCUGAACCCUUCAUCAAAAGGAAGCCCGUUGAUGAUAAAAAUAAAGAUUCUGAAAAUAAACCUACACCGGGAGAAGAACAUUUAUACAGAGAGGAUUGGGGCGAACAGCUGACGGGCAAGUACCAGACUGUGGCGGUCAUUUUCAGGAUUACAGACGAAACUUUUGAAAUCUUCGAGAACAUUCCAGAUAAUUUGUGUCCUGGACAGGUGAGGUUCACUCCCAAUGGAGAAGGUGUAGUUGGCGUGGCUUGGGAUAUAUCUGAAGUGAGGCGCCUGGGGCUGAUCUAUUGCACCAACCGGCCUGGUUAUAUCUUCUGUUGCACACUGACAGGAAUAUUUAAGAAGCUAAGCGAGGAAAACAAAGCGGUACGAUCUCCCCGGUUCUCUUCCAAUGGUGACCUGGUGUGGUUACAGCGGGAGGCUGGAGGACCGCAUCACGCCUGCCAUCAACUAGUACGGAUGACAUCAGAUAAUAUUAAAACUGUCAUAGAAUCUGAUGAUUCUGACAUUCGUGAUAAAAUAUCAGUGGUGAUAGACAUUGUGCAAAAUAAUAAGGGAAUACGCAAUCAAGAAAUAUUCUACGGGAUAUAUUGUCAGAGCCUACCGUCCAAGUGUUUUAGCAGCGAUGGAAAACGAUUGGUAUUUAGCACUCCACAGCAGAACGAGAUUAGAAGUUAUGUUGUUCACGUUGACAGUGGCGAUAUAACGGACAUAUCUAACACUAAGACGAAUCCGGGAUCGACGAUUGUGUUGAACGUGCAGGCUGAUGUCAUCCUGGCUUCAUGGUCGUGUCUUACCACGCCGGGUCAGCUAUUCGUAGCAAAGUUGGGACCUGCCGGUGAAGAGCGCAACAUAGAGUGGGUGCGAGUGAGUGCGCCACACGAAGCGCCACCCGCCGUCGCCGGCGCCGAGCUGCAGUACGUGCCGCUGCGACACGAGCACUCGGCCGACGCCGUGGCGUCGUUCAGCGCGCUGUACAUGGGGCCGGAAGCAGGCGAGGCGUGCCCGCUGGUGGUGUGGCCGCACGGCGGGCCGCACUCCGCCUUCUGCAACGCCUACUCGCUGGAGGCGGCCUUCUUCAACAUGCUCGGCUUUGCAUGUCUUCUUAUCAACUAUCGAGGAUCUGCCGGGACUGGGGACGCCUCAAUAUUCUUCCUACCUAGUCGUAUAGGAACAGCUGACGUCGCAGAUUGUAAACUAGCCACCGAAAAGGCGAUAGAGCUGUUUCCUAUUAAUGAAAAGAAACUUCUGCUGUACGGGGGCUCGCACGGCGGUUUCCUGGUAGCACAUCUCAGUGGAUUGUAUUCUGAUUAUUAUAAUGUGACCGUCGCUAGGAACCCCGUCAUUGAUUUGGCCUCCAUGUAUAAUACCAGUGACAUUGCGGAUUGGUGUUCCGUAGAAGCAGGUUGGCCAUUCCGAGAAGAUGGUCCAGUAACUGAAGACCACCUCUUAGCCCUACGUCGAGUAUCGCCAUUAGUCCACGCCCACAAUGUGACCACACCUACCGCCAUCAUGCUUGGAACGAAGGACAAAAGGGUUCCCUACUACCAGGGAUUGGAGUACAGCAGGAAGUUAAAAGCUAACGGGGUUAAUACCAAGGUGUUCAUGUACGAAGAUAACCACUCCCUUAGCAGCCUGCCUGUUGAAAUGGACAACCUUAUCAACGCGGCUGACUGGUUUAUAUCAAUGAUCAAAGAUAAAUAACAUUUUAGCAGAGCAAGGAGCACAUGAGUGCUUAUUGGAGGGGGAUUUGCCUUGGAACUGGGUUGCGAGUGAAAAUUUUGUGAAUAUUCAGCAAUGAUGUAAAUUACUUUAAGGAAACAAGAGUGCUACGAAAACAGAUAUCUUUUUGAAAUGUUUACAGAGGAAACGUUUAAUUUUGAAACGUUAAUUAUUAAACGUUACGCUCAAAUUUGGCCUUGAAACUUUACUUUUUUUUAGUGCUCAAAGAAAAUAACACUAAAAAAAUCCAGAUAUGUUAAAUUGUAAAAUUUUCAACAAUUUGUAAAAAUAUAUGUUUAAAGGAUUCGAGUUUAGAAAUAUCGAAAACGCUAUUGUAUGUAUGCACUUAAAUCUAAUUAUAUAGUUAUGUAUCAUAAUAUAAUAUGUUUGUAUAAGUAUAAUUAAUAUAUGCAUUUAAGAUAAUUAUAACAGUUGUAUAGAAAAAAAAAAUACAGGAAAAUAGUAAGUUUAAUCAAUUAAAUAUGUCAAUUUAAAACAUAAUAAAAAUAUACAAUAUUGAAGCACUACACUUAUUUAUUGAUAGUGAAACCAAAAACGGUGACUGGUUUUGAAACGAAAGUAGACAGAGCUAAGAAGACUCGUCGAAAGAAAUUUAGUGUUGUUUUUGUCAAAUAAUUAUUUACAAUUUUUAAAUAAUAGUUAAGAAAUUGUCUAUGGAUGAUCGCUUAUUUCAUUAUCUAUAAAACCACUAAUUGAAUAUUAUAAUCUUUGAAACAUAAAACCCAAACGUUUAUUUACAUUUUUUAACAUAGCAACUAAACCAAUUGUAAUUUCUAUAACGAAUUUUUUUUAAUUAUAAUAUAUGUAAAUGAAAUAAUAGGCAUGAUGACAUUUUGAAAUAACCUUCUAUAAUGUUGGUACACGUCUAUUUUAUUUCAGUAAUAAUCUAACUGUUUACGCAAAUAAUUGGUUUUUCAUUUACCUAUUUUGAAUUUCGCUCGAAAACACUCGCAGGUGUCAUGGCUCCUGCACGUGACGUCACGCCUCAGUAAACGACAGUAAACGUUAUAUUUUGUCUAUACUCAACGAAGAAAGGCAGAAAGUUUUGCGUGUUUCCUAAGGUUAAAAAUGAAUUCCAAAGUUUGCAAGUGGUGUGCGGGCUCUCUGAGUAAAAAUACAUACGAAUGCCAACCAGAUCGAAGAACAAUCUACAGAAGCAGAACGACCGUAUAUAAGUAAGAAACGAAAGAUGAUGGUUCUUGAAGAAUGUGAAAAACACAUGUUGUGAUGUGGUUACAGAACAUUUUGAAGAAAUUGCAAAUUGAGGCGGAGAUUAAUAAAGAUUUAUUAUAUAUUUAUGAUAUAUUUAGAUUUAUAGAAGUAUUCGUAAAUAUGUAAAUUCACAAAUUCAGUACUAGUGGAGCUAAAUGAAAUAUUGUCUUAAAAGUUCUUACUGGUAGAAAUAUUAGGGCUUUCAUAUUCAGGGAAAUUUCAUAUGCGAGUAACACUAUAUAGCUAACAGAAAAAACCUAUGAUAACACUAAAAAUAAAUAAAAAUAUACUUACAAGGAAGUUUUCACAUUUCGAAAUUCAGAAAAGCAAAAGUCUUUAUUUGAUAAAAAAAACUCUCCUAACAUCAAAAAAUCCUGGGCAAAUUAGAGGAAUUUGUCUUAACAAAUCCUUGUUCCAUCAUUAUAGAUCUUGGAUGAUUGAUUUUCUUCACAGAAACGCGAAUAACCAACGACUCUACUAAUUAAAUGGUGCAAAAUUAAUUUUGAAACGCGUAAAUACAACAACUAUUCAUAAGAAACGGUUAUAGAUAUUGAGGCGUGACAUCAUUCUCUCUGAUUGAUGUUUCAAAUAAAAUGGCCCAUUGCAGAAUUUCAUAUUUAUAUUUUACUAAAAAUCUUAUUGAUCUCAAUGCGUAUAUUAAAAUUGGAUAAUUUUUUAGAAUCCUUUUAAAAUAGUUACUUCUUUAAAAUAAAUUAUUUUUUAAUUCUUUAAUACUGUCAUCAUGCCUAUUGUACCAUAGUAUUAAGUUAUAAAAAAAAACCAACCCAACAGAAAAAUGUACUACUUUUACUGAUAGCUGUUGAAAUCAAUACUAACUUUUACAAGGUGAUAAUG